AAACCUGAAUACCAAUUUACUACCAUUUCAUGGACAUGGACACCUUUUCCUUGUUGCUUUUAAACAUCUUCUUCAUGCUCACCUCAUCUGCACCACUUACCGAUUUCACCACCGAUCGAGAAGCUCUUCUCGCUUUCAAAAAAGCCAUUACUGUCGACACGAGUGGCGUGUUGAGCAAGAAAUGGCUCACCAACACUUCCAUCUGUGACUGGACCGGCGUCUCGUGUGGCAUCAAACACCACAGAGUCACAGCACUCAAUCUCUCCAACAUCGGCCUCCACGGAAACCUCACUCCACAUCUGGGAAACCUAACGUUUCUACGGUCCUUGGACAUCAGCUACAACUAUUUCUCAGGAAAUAUUCCGUCUUCUAUCUUCAACAUUUCGCGGUUGGAACUCAUAAACCUCCUUGGCAAUAAACUGUCUGGAAGCAUACCCACAAAUUUGGUCAGUUUACUAAACCUCCAAGUGUUGGAUCUUAGCAGCAACAACUUAACAGGUUCCAUACCGAAGAAAGUUGGCAACCUCGCUUCGCUAAUGUUUCUAUAUUUGGGUUUCAAUAAGUUUACAGGCGAAAUUCCAACCUCUAUCACCAAUGCAUCUCACCUUGCUGCUAUAAACUUGAGCAGUAACUCAUUCACUGGUCCCAUCCCCGAUUUCGGUCAUCUAAGACAGCUGGAAGUCCUUGUUCUAAGGGAAAAUAAUCUGACAGGGGUGGAGUCGGCGAAUCAAGAAUUGGGAUUUCUAUCUUCAUUAACAAACUGCCCAAAUUUGAUUUGGUUGGAUAUUAGUAACAAUCUAAUGAUGAAUGGUAUCCUUCCAGCCUCCAUAGGAAACUUGUCUACUUCUCUUGUUACUUUUUCAGCGUGCCACUGCAGCAUCAGAGGUAUAAUUCCUCAUGAAAUUGGAAAUUUGAGGAAUUUGGAAGUUUUGGAUUUAUCCAAGAAUCAACUCACAGGAUUCAUCCCAACUACAUUUCCAGUGGGUUGUAGUCUUCAGUCACUCGACUUAAGUGUUAAUAACUUGGAAGGAUCAUUACCCCGUUCGCUUUCCAAUUGUCGAAGUCUACAGCUUCUUCAUGUUGGAAACAACAAGUUGGAAGGAUCAUUACCCGAUUCCCUUUCCAAUUGUCGAAGUCUGCAGGUUCUUAAUAUUGGAAACAACAGAAUACAAGACACCUUUCCAGUUUGGACGGAAAAUCUCACUUAUCUUCGCGUCCUCGUAUUGGCAUCCAACAACUUCAGCGGAACCAUUUCUUCGCUCACUUACAAGGGUACACUUCCAUUCCCUAAACUACAAGUUUUUGAUGUAUCCCGUAAUGCCUUCAUUGGCAAUCUGCCCCGUGAAUAUCUGAUUAAUUUCAAAGCGAUGAUGGAUGUGCAAGAGAAUCAUCGAGGAGAACAAGAUCAGAUUCCAUUUUAUACACAUUCAUUCACAUUAACAGUUAAAGGUUUGGAUCUACAAUACAGGAAAAUUUGGAGAGUCUUCACAACAAUUGACAUGUCAUCCAACAGAUUCUCUGGCAAUAUCCCAAACACCAUUGGAAAUCUGAAUUCCUUGUUACAUCUGAAUCUGUCUCACAAUUGCCUCACAAGAGGUGUACCUGCAUCUCUUGGAAACAUGACAAAACUCGAGUCGCUGGACCUGUCUUCAAACCGAUUGGAAGGUGAAAUUCCAACGGAGCUAACAAAGCUAACAUUUCUUUCUGUGAUGAGCCUUUCCAUGAAUAAUCUUUCAGGGAUGAUACCUCAAUCCAAUGGCCAACUUUCCACAUUUGAAAAUACAUCAUAUGUUGGGAAUUCUGGACUAUGUGGAUUACCGUUAACACGAAAAUGUGAAGAGCCUUCGCCUCCAGUGAUGCUGCAAGAAGAUGAUGAUGAUGAUUAUGGUAUUCUAAACGGAUUCUGUUGGCAGGCAGUUGUUUCUGGGUAUGGAUGUGGAUUCGUAAUUGGUGGUAUUGUGGGUUGUGUGACUCUUUGGUAUGGAAGGCCUAAAUGGUUGUUGGAAUGGAUCUAUGGAUUUUACAGGAUAAAGAUGAGAAGCCGUAGAGGAAACGUGGCAGCACAAAGAAGAAGAAGAUAAGAAGGUUGAGCCUUUGAUGUUGAAUAAUGGCUACUGUUUUUUUCUUACAUUUAUUUGCAUGUUAUAUUUAACUUUCUAAGUUAUGUUAUAUUUACGAUUGGGUCGCUUGGUAUGGUUGCGGAGCAACACCAUACGAUCGAGGAUGUGUAUGUAGGGAAUCACCUUACCCGUGCCAUGAUUUUUACUCCAGCCCUUCUCUCGCUAAAGAGUUUUGGAAUAUGCGAUCUCAUUCUAGUUCAUAGUGUUAGUCUACAUUUGUGUUUUGUCGUUAGCUGGUCGUGUUUGUCUCGAAGGU